AUGGAGAAAGAUGUGGAAAGGCAAAAGGCUGAACACCUAUUGUACUUCUACAAUAUCUUCUCGAAGCAGGGUUAUCAACCUCAAUAUACUCAUUUACAGGCUUCAAUGUUAGCAUAUACACAUAUUAAUUUGUUAGAGAUGCUUCAGAAAUUCGAUCCUAAUGAAGUAAUCGAAAAUAUACCAGCAUUUUUCAAACAAGUUGAAGUAAAGUCAGAUCCAAAUUUAUAUUCAUAUUAUUCUUCUUGUAUAAUGUGUAAUGAUCCAAAAGAAUUCUUUAUUUCAAAAUUGGAAUAUGCAAAAUGGAUUAAAGAUGGAGCUAGUGCCAAGAUACAUAGAUUAGACUCCUAUGCUCUUUUACAUCAACCAGAAGAACAAGAAAUCUAA